AUGGAUGCAACAGGUUCUAUGUCAAAUUUGUUAUCUGCUGCUAAGGAAACUGUAUGUACAAUGUUUGAACGAGCUUCUCAUAUUUUAAAGGAGCAAAUGCUUCCUAGUGAUAUAUUUCAGAUGCAAAUUGUCAUAUAUCGAAACUAUAAUUCUAAAGAGAAUAAGAUUUUGCAAGCUUCUUCUUGGGAGACAAAAGCUAAUAAUUUAAGAGCAUUUCUAAACACAAUUAAUCCUGAAGGUGGAUGGGGACGCGAAGCUAUUGAAAUAGGUUUAUGGCAUGCAGUUAAAAAAAGUGAAACGAAAAAUUCAAUUUCUCAAGUAAUUUUAAUAGGAGAUGCACCACCAAAUACGCAAGCAGAUGUUAAUGAAAAACGAGCAAAUCUCGGUCAAGCAUACUGGAAAAAGACGAGAUUUAGUAAGCCAAUAUAUUAUGAGUAUGAAUUACAAAAACUAAAAGAGAAAAAUAUUCCUGUGCACGCAUUCUACCUUAUUAGUUAUGCAAAGAGUGAUUUUCGAAAAAUUGCGAAAGAGACAGGAGGACGUUAUGAAUAUCUAGAUAUUCAUUCAUCUAGCGGUGCUGAAUCUCUGACUGACUUUGUAACAGAAGAAAUUUUAAGAAGUGCAGCUGGUGAUCAAGGAGAUGAUGCUGUAGAACUAUAUAGAUCGAAAUAUUCAAAGAAAACUUACACGUUUUGA